UCCCUCUGUCGAGACGUGACUCAUGAAGUAAAUACCAGAAACUUCACAAACAUUCGCCCAUUCUUUCCCUGCUGUCCGUCCUGCGUUGAGGUAACAAGUCCCCAGGCAUAAGUCAUCAUGGAGGUGCAGGUGAACACAGCGCCUUUAGUCAACGUACGGGUCACCAGCAAUGUAAACAGCUUCACCGCAGAGAAGAGAUUUGACCGCAGCCUUACCAUUGGUGACCUCAAGGGCCGGCUGGAGUUGGUGACAGGGGGGUCAGCGCAGAACAUGACCCUGGAGGUGUUUGACGAGCAAGAACAGCCUGUGUGUCACCUGGUGGGGGACGAGGCACUGCUGGGGUCGUUCUGUGUGGAGGAGAACUAUAGAAUACAUGUUACAGACAAGACAAGGAGGCUAGGAGAAUUUGACGACACUUCGAACGUAGAAAAAUAUGAAUUACCUGAAGGAGAGUACAACAAACGCAAUGACAGCGUUCGUUCCUUCCUGCUGAAGAACAAGCUUGGCAAGUACAACGAAGAGGAGGUGAAGAAGAGGCAGGAGGAGAAGCAGAAACAGGAGAAGGAGGAAGAAGAGAAGGCCAAAACAAUAACAGUAGGAAGCCGCUGUCAGGUUCGCGUGCAGGGUGAACCGACACGCCGCGGGGAGGUCAUGUACGUGGGCAAGGUUCACUUCAAGCCUGGAAUGUGGAUUGGGGUGAAAUAUGACGAACCGCAGGGGAAAAAUGAUGGAAGCAUUGGCGGGAAACGUUAUUUUGAGUGCCCCGCUAAAUAUGGCGGCUUCACGCGCCCAGCCUGUUGUGAUGUGGGCGCCUUUCUGCCAUUUGACGAAGAGGAGGGGGGAGGAGGACGAGAUGUGAGGAGCAGGAGAAGGAAAGGAGGAAGAAGACAGCUGGAAGAUAAAGAGGAGGAGUAGGAGGAGGAGGAACAAGACAGCUGGAAGAUAAAGAGGAGGAGUAGGAGGAGGAGGAACAAGACAGCUGGAAGAGAAAGAGGAGGAGGAGGAGGACAGUUGGAGGAGAAGGAGGAAGGAAGGAUAAUUUGAGGAGGAGGAGGAGGAAGAGGAGGAAGGAAGAUGACAGUCAGAGGAGGAGGAGGAGGGAGGAAAGAGGAGGAGGAGAAAAGAGAAAAAGUAGAGAGAAAAGAGGAAGAGGAAAGGAGAGAAAAGGGAGGAAGAGGAAGAAAAGAAAAGAAAAGAAAUGAAAGAAAAUAAAAAUAAGAAUUAAGAAAAAAUAAAUAUAAGCUGCAGUUUUCAUUUCUCUCUCUCUCUCUCUCUCUCUCUCUCUCUCUCUCUCUCUCUCUCUCUCUCUCUCUCUCUCUCUCUCUCUCUCUCUCUCUCUCUCUCUCUCUCUCUCUCUCUCUCUCUGUGUGUGUGCGUAUGUGUGUAAUAAUAAUAUGAUCUGCCUUACAUUCCAAAGCACUUUUUUUUUAUUUAGAAUAUCAUAAGCAUUACCUUAGAUAAAUAUUAAAUCUCUCUCUCUCUCUCUCUCUCUCUCUCUCUCUCUCUCUCUCUCUCUCUCUCUCUCUCUCUCUCUCUCUCUCUCUCUCUCUCUCUCUCUCUCUCUCUCUCUCUCAUCCAUGUAAUUUUUUCUUGCACAAAUACUCGCAUGUUGAAUUACAACAAAUAUAAUAAAAGUUAUGCUGAGAA